UUUCAACGCAGACCCUAUCGUGCGUCACAGUGUUUGGUCGUGUGUGUUUGGAGGCGCCAUAACCUGGCUGGCGGUAUAUGGAGCGAACCAAGCGCAGAUCCAGAGAGCCAUCACGUGUCCAACCUUGAGAAAGGCGCAGAUAGCGUACUGGGUUAACUUCCCCGGUCUGUGUAUCAUCUUGUACCUCUGCUGUUUCAUCGGUACGGUCACCUACGCCUUCUACAGGACUUGUGACCCAAAGACCUUCGGACUAAUUAGCGCGGCCGAUCAGUUGUUUCCACUUUUCGUCAUGGACGUUUUGGGGAAAAUGCCUGGUAUUCCUGGAAUAUUUGUGUCCUGUAUAUUCAGUGGAGCUCUCAGUACACUAUCGUCCGGCCUCAACUCUAUAGCGGCUGUACUGCUGGAGGAUGUGGUCAAGGUCUUCUGUAUAGCUGACAUCGACGAAAGGAGGGCAACCAACGUGUCAAGGCUUAUAGCUUUGGUGUCUGGGUUUAUCUGUCUCGGCCUGACGUAUGUGGCAUCCAUGUUGGGUGGAGUUCUACAGGCAGCCUUGGCCUUGUUCGGAAUGCUUGGAGGACCUAUACUAGGCGUGUUCACGCUCGGAAUCAUCUUCCCUUGGGCCAAUCAAAAGGGUGCCCUAACCGCAGUGUCGUCCGGUCUGGUCUUUAUGUUGUGGAUAGGUGUAGGAUACCAGGUACACAAGCCGCCUGUGUCUGCCUUCUCUACCACCAAUCUGACUGGAUGUAACUGGAACCUUACCCAUGUCCAGUCUUACACCAACUUCACACAACCAUUCGACGUCCUCGGUAACACCACUGCUCCGGAGUACUUAACCUGGGAUCCAUUCGUGCGUCUGUACUCCCUGUCCUACCUGUGGUACAGCGCCACAGCCAUGCUGUAUGUGGUCUCUGUAGGACUCAUUGUCAGUUUGGCCACAGGUCGAACAGAUCCCAAGUCAAUCGACCCUAAACUCAUGUGUCCAAUAUUUGACGUAUUCAUGCCAUUUCUACCCGAGAAAAUCCGCAAACCCCUACGACUUGGCGUCGACUAUUCGAAGAUGAAGGAGCCAGCCGAGGAGGCGACUGGGGAUGAGGUAGAGGUAUUCAUGGAUAAGAGUGGCCAGGAGAUGAUGGCAGAUGUAAAUGGCAUACCCUCUUGACCGUACGGCCGACGAAAUAGACUCAGUUAUACACACGUUAGAUAAAACCCUGUUUUAUUGAAGACAAUUGCUCAAAAUCGGAAUUGCAUUUAAAUCUCAUUCAUGUUACUACAGAACUGUAUACCAGGAAACCGUCGCCUAGUCAAAUACUCGCCCUUCAUCAGUUAGCAUAUAUAUUCGCCCUGUGUUCAUAUUUCAGAUAUGAUAACUAUAUGUUGUAUGUUAUAUAGAUAUCUGCUGUCAUGAUAAAUUUGCCAUCCUUGUGGAGGACGACAAGUCGAACGUUAAACUACAGAGAAAAAUACCGUGUACAGUACUCUUUCCAUAUCCCCAUUGCCGUAAAGACUGUACAAUGUAUCCGCGAGCGACUGCAUGUGAUGUCAUUCUGUUGAAAACAGAGAAAUCUAACUCGUGUCUCUGAAAUACAUACUUAGAGUUGCUCGGUUAUUUAAGUUCAAAUUUUACUCACAAUCAGGGGUUCAUGUACAUUUGUAAUUAAACACAAUAAGGUCAGAAGUGUGAAAUAAAAACGCGUAGAAUAUGCUGUCGGUGCUGUACAGUGAUUGUGGCUGAAGUCUGCUAUAGAAACGUAAACAAAUACGGUACUUGCCGUAUAAGACCGGGAUUGGUGCUGAAGCCUCCUAUUUGAUCGGCGAUGAAGCCUGCUAUAUAAACAAUUUAAGUUCCAUCGGUACAAGACCGGGAUUAGUGCUGAAGCCUGCUAUAUAAACAAUUUAAGUUCCAUCGGUACAAGACCGGGAUUGUUGCUGAAGCAUAUUACAUAAACAAAUGAAGUUUCAUUUGUAAAAGCAGGUAAUGGUGCUGACAUACAUGGUGUUUCAAUGUCAAAUUAUAUUUAAGAGUAUGUUUUGAUGUAUUAAACUUUUAGUUCAUCUGGUUACAAAAGCCAAGUGACCUAUAGAAAUUCGUUGCCAUACGUGGCACUCCAAAACAAGUCCUAAAGUAUAUAAGUUCAACAAGUAAUAAUCACCCUUCACAAGCGUCCAUGUGUAUUAUUAUUCUAGUAAUUAAACUCCAUAAAAUCAAAUGUGCAACAUGAAAUCCUAUAACAUAAACACGAAGAAAAUAUCAUUGGUAUAACGCAAGGAUCGGUGACGAAGCCAGCUAUAUAAACAGGCGAAGUACUAUUUGUAAAAAGCAGGUAAUUAUGCUGAAAUACAUGGUGCUUAAAUGUAGAAUUAUAUAUAAGAGUAAAUUUUGGUACAGUGUAUGUUCGCUUAGAUCUCAAGGGCCAAGUGACCUAUUGCGAGUCGUUGUCGUAUGCCGUCUGUCGUAUGUC